AUGACCUCCGUAGCAAAACAGCGGCUCCAAGCUGUCAGCAAGCAACUGAUUGAAGGUAUACCAGAUGCCGGCACCUUCGAGAACAUCCCUCGAAUUCGCGAGGUGGCCCCAGAUUCUGUAGGCCAGAGAGUCAAGGGAAAAGUUGUUAUUGUAACUGGAACAAAUUCUCCCAUCGGCAUUGGCCGAGCCAGCGCGCAUCAAUUCGCCCGUAAUGGCGCAAAGGCAGUGUUCAUUUGUGACGUUUCAGAUUCGUAUCUGGCCGUUCACAAACGAGAGCUUGAAUCGCUCUACCCGGACGUCGACAUCCUUGCCCGGCAGUUCGAUGCCGGCAACGAAUCACAAAUCAAAGCCGUAGUCGAUGAGGCUAUAGAGAAAUACGGCCAGUUGGACAUCAUGUUCGCCAACGCUGGCAUCGCCGGGGCGCAAAAACCACUCACAGAAACCACCGGAGAGGAAUUCAUGCAAACUAUGGAGAUCAAUGCGAAAGGCCCUUUCCUCGCCGCCAAAUACGCUUCAAUCGCCAUGCAAAAAACCUCACCCUCCAAACCCUAUCCAUCAGGUAGCAUAAUCAUGACCGCCUCCGUUGCCGGUCUGCGCUCCAAUGCCGGCUCAACAGACUACUCCGCCAGCAAAGCUGCUGUCGUCUCCAUAGCGCAGACCUGCGCCUUCCAGCUCGACGGCACGGGCAUUCGCAUCAACGCCCUCUGCCCAGGCUUGGUCGAGACCAAUAUGACGAAGCACGUAUAUGACAUGGCUAGGACGAAGGGUACGGAGAGGAAAAUUGGUCAGCUUAAUCCGUUGGGGAGGGGCGCGGUGGCGGACGAGGUGGCGCGUGUUGCGCUGUUUUUGGGAAGUGAGGAGAGUAGUUAUGUUAACGGGCAGGCUUGGGCGGUUUGUGGGGGGCUGAGUGCUGGGCAUCCAGUUGUGCCUGGGAAACUGGGUUGA